CCUGUAUGAUACUAAGCGCGAGAUAUGGCCAUCAGCAGCAGCCACUAAAGUUUUCCUCGUCGUCGGUCGGUCGGUCGGCCGUGUGCUUCUUGGUGGACUGCAUUUUUCUGGAUUUUGUAUUUCGGGGCCCAUCGGAGAUUCGGUGGAUGUGCCAGCCUGGUCGGAAUUCCGGGAGUUUUUCGUUGAUCUCGUCGGGAGUUUUGGUGUUUGGUCGAAUCGCGAGCGUCGUUCGGGGGUGCGAAGGAAGAGAAAAAAUGUUCGAAUCUGUGCCACGAUGGGCCCGAGUGUCGGCCGUGAUUGUCGGGGUCGUAAUCGGUCAGGAAGUGCUGUACGAGGUGUAUCUGGGCUGGAGGUCGUACUGCGAGCAACGUCGGGCUCGGCAACGCGCGACCACCCAUAUCAAUGAGGUGUACUUUACGAACGAACGCAACACCCCGGCCAAUGCACCCGGGUUGACGAUGGCCAGCUUCACGACGGAGCACGUCAGCCGAAUCGUGGCGCUGCUGGACCGGGCGCGAGUGUCCAUCAAUCUGGGGAUGUACAUCAUUACGGUGUCCAGCAUCGGGGACGCGCUGCUUCAGGCCGCGAAUCGGGGCGUGCGGGUGCGGGUCGUCGGAUGUUCGUCGAUGGCUUACAGUACCGGAUCGCAGAUGACCCGUUUGGCCAAUGCAGGAAUCCCAGUGCGCUUCGAUCGAAAAGAAAGCGCCUACUUGAUGCACCACAAGUUCUGCCUUAUCGACACCGAUUGGUUCUGUCCGCGGUGCUAUCAUGAAGAAAAAGUGCGCAGAAAGGGCUUCUGCUGUGAUGCGGUGUUCGAUAAGCGUGGUGCCACUAGUGGUCAAAUGGCCGCGGGUCAAAUCAGUGCUGGGGGUGGUGGUGCCGGUGGGGAGCGAGCCAAUGGAAGUGCCGGUAGUCCAUCUCGCAAAGUGCAGUGCGUUGAUGAUGGGUCGCGGUGUGUGCGCUGCGAUCCGCAGCAGAAGAAAGAAGUCGAGAAGCGCAAGUUGGAAGUGAAGGCCACCGAGCCGUUGCCGAUCGGGGGGUUGCUCAUUACGGGGUCCACCAACUGGACCAUGCAGGCCAUGUCCGGCAACUGGGAUAACAUGGUGAUGACGUCGCUACCGGAGCUGGCGACACCCUUCCAGCUGGAGUUCCAACGGCUGUGGCGCGAUUUCGCCAACCAUCCGCUGUUGAUGGGUCCCGUGGUGAACGGAGGAGCUGAUGGCGAUCGGCAGUGAACGGCGGAUGCAG